CCGAGGCACGCUUCAAAACAUGCGACUGUACCUGUCACAAUCCGUUGUCUUUAUUUGAAAAAAGAAAACAUGUUGUAAUAUAAUUUAAUAAUUUUGUACAUUGUACUUAUUUUAUUGUACAUCUUCUGUCACGCAUUUCACAUACUCCAGUUUCGUGGCGAUUUGAUUGUCUUUUGUUUUGUUAAUGUGUCUAUAAUGUUGAAUGUAUUGGUGAUUUCUUUGAUACUCAGUUUUGUGGUGGUCGAAAGUAAUCGGAAUAGUUCUGAGUGCCCUAAUGUAAAGUCCGAUUUGAGUUUACUGAGGAAAAGGAGACAUGUGACAUUCCCUGAUGGGAGUGAUGUUGUUCUAACUCUCUCGCUAGUCAAAGCCUUCUUGACUCACGCUCCUGCUGGAUGGAACUUGGCAAUAGAGAUCGACGUCCUCUUCCCUCUGCCAGACGCCAACUACACUCUAGCACAUUUAAGAAGGAAGUUACAUCAUCGGCAGAAGAGGGAGUUGUGGGAGCGGUUGAGAACUGCUUUGGAAUUUCACAAUUUAGACGGUCGAUCCUGUAUUCUGAAAAGUAUUUGCGACGCCAAAGAACAUCUGUUACCUCCUGGAGUGUCUUUGGUUCAUGAUCUACUGAGAGCUGUGUUUACCGCACCACAACACGACGAAGACUUCUUACAAGAAAUGAGUCCCAACUACAAAGAACUUCCGGACCCGGACUUUUGCGACCAACUCACUAACUGUCCGUUUUCCCUUCUGAGUUUUUUGACAGCAUUAAAUGUAGCGUAG